AUGGCUGACAUAUUGUCAACAAAAUGUUCACAUUGCAAAAAGAUAGGCAUUGCUCAAUGUGACGGAUGUUGCAAUCGUUUCUGUCCGACGCACUUUCGCGAACACCGUCAAAACUUAGAUACUAAAUUUGCACAAUUAUGCCAUGAUAGAAGUACUCUACCUCAUCAUAUCGCGGAUCAUUCAUCGAAGAUCAAGCAAUCCCAACUAAAGGCUAUUCUCCAUGAUAUCAAUCAAUGGGAGGAGCAAGCAUUAAAAAGUGUCACGCAAAUGGCCAAUGGUGUACGAAACCGUAUUAAGGAGCUGAUGACAUCGAGAACUUCUACCGUCAAAGCUGACUUAGACCAAAUUUCGGUAGACUUACGAAAAUGUAAAUUCGAGAAUAAUUAUUUUGAACAGGAUAUCAAACAAUUAAGUGCAAGACUCAAUCAAAUUCAAAUCGAUCUUGAUCGAAAUAAAACUCGUGUUAAAAUGACCAUUCCACCUAUCAAAUUGAACUCACAACUUCUAAUCUCACUCGAUCAUGAUAUUCGCGACGGAAAGAAAUAUUUCUCUGAUGGAACACUUUUAUGUCAAGAACAUCAAAUUCGGCUGAACGAAUUUUACGGAAAACGAAAUCAAAUGUGGCGGCUCAUUUACAAAGCCACACGAGACGGUUUUUCUAGCACUGAUUUUUAUCGCUGUUGUGAUAGAAAAAGUGCAACAUUGACGGUAAUUCAAUCAUCGAGCGGACAUUUAUUUGGUGGAUACACAUCAGCUAAUUGGGAAAGCCACGAAGAUUGGAAAUGGUCAGUGGAUAUGGAUGCAUUUCUGUUCACCCUAAUUAAUCCACAUAAAAUUUUGCCUACUAAAUAUCAAAUAAAUGGUGAAGGUCGGAAUGCAAUUGGUUGCAAAGAGACGAUGGGACCGACCUUUGGUUUAUGGGACAUUUGUAUUUAUUCAGAUAGUAAUCAAAAUGCUCGCAGUAAUAUUAUGUUUCCUAGUGAUUAUAUUGAUUCAACUGGCAAAGGACGUCUCACAUUCACUGGUUCACAUUAUUUUAAAACUGUUGAAAUUGAAGUCUACGCUCUCAAGCAGAAAUAA